AUGUUUUGCCAGGACCCCAACGUUUGUGCAGUGUUUGCUGUACAAGGAGGAAAAGUGGGAAGAAAGCAUGGCAUAAAAAGGGGGAGGAGACCUAGCAUGAGAAACCCAGCUCGGCAGGCCAGAGGACCCUGGAUCCAUGAGAGUAAGCAUCCGGCCUUCGCAAAGCAACAGAUAAACUUGGAGAUGCCCAACUCUGGAGUGACAACAGAGCGAGCCUGGGUGUGCAGCUCCACCUCAAGAAAAAAGAAUUGGGCUGGGUCCCUGACUCUUCCCACUGCUCCACUGAACCCUGCACCAUCCUUGGUGCCACACUGUGAAGAUUGUUCUUGCCUGCCUCGCUGCCAUUUGGGUGAUCUCUACAAUCUGGCCCCAGCAGAAAGAACUUGCCGGCAGCAUAUCAAUAGCAGAGAUGGAAGAAAACAAUGUAAUCCUUCCUCCAACGCUCAUGGUGUAAGCCUCCAUGACCGGGCAACAUUGGCCCCCAUGUUUAAAGAAUGUAGUUCUGUAAGGUUGGUUGACCAUCUGACAGGAAUUCCUGCACCAAAUGGUCAGUCAGUGAAGAUCUCUUUCCAUCGGUGGCAGUGCAACCUAGAUGGAUUCUCACGUAAAGCGCCCAGUCAGAAAUCGAUCUGGGAAGCUGGUGUUAAGACACGAUUACUGGAUACUGAAGAACUGAAUGCUGCUCAGACCUCACUGAAGGUUCACACAUUUGAGAAAACCUGA